AUGGAUAGUUUCAAUGCCACUUUGGAAGACAGAUUCCUUUUGGUAGGCUUUUCAGAUUGGCCUCAACUGGAACUCAUCCUUUUUGUCUUCAUUUCAAUUUUCUACUCUCUGACUGUCUUUGGCAACACCGCCAUCAUUGCUCUCUCCCGAAUGGACCUGCGAUUACACACUCCCAUGUACUUCUUCCUCUCACAUCUCUCCUUCCUGGACCUUUGCUACACCACUAGUACUGUGCCCCAGCUCCUGAUCAACCUUCAUGGGCGUGACAGAACCAUCAGCUAUGGUGGGUGUGUGGCCCAGCUGUUCAUAUCUCUUGCCCUGGGCUCCACUGAGUGUGUGCUCUUGGUGGUGAUGGCCUUUGACCGCUAUGCUGCUGUGUGCCGUCCACUGCACUACACAACCAUCAUGCACCCCAUUCUCUGCCAGGUAUUGGCUAUUGCUUCAUGGGGAGGGGGAUUCGUAAACUCUCUGACCCAGACAAGCCUCAUGAUGGCCAUCCCUCUUUGUGGACACCAGCUGAACCACUUCUUCUGCGAGAUGCCUGUGUUCCUCAGGUUGGCCUGUGAGGACACAGGGGGAACAGAGGCCAAGAUGUUUGUGGCCAGAGUCAUAAUCUUGGUCUUCCCUGCAGCACUAAUUCUUGGCUCCUAUGCACACAUUGCCAGGGCAGUGCUGAAGGUCAAGUCAAUGGCUGGACGCAGAAAAGCUUUUGGGACAUGUGGGUCCCACCUCCUGGUGGUUUCUCUCUUUUAUGGCUCAGCCAUUUACACAUACUUACAACCCAAGGGUAGUUAUUCUGCGAGCGACGGGAAGUUUGUUGCCCUCUUUUAUACUAUCGUCACCCCUAUGCUCAACCCUCUGAUCUAUACCCUGAGGAACAAGGAUGUGAAGGGAGCUCUGUGGAAGGUGCUAGGGAGAGGCACAGACUAG